CUGUCGAGACCCAACCCUAAUACGGCUAUUCACGGCGAAACCAGCUCCGAUCUGAUUGUUACUCUCACUCUGCCGUAUUGGAGCCAGGCUCUGCACCCCGUCGGUGCGGUGGAAAUUGCCGCCGAGAUGGAGGACAUCGAAGACGUCAUCGCCUCAGGAACGCCGCCUGGUCUUCGUCUGCCUCUCACCACCGUGAGCAUCAAUCCCCGUCGAAAGCCCAAGUCCCGCGUCCUCCAAGAUCCCGUGAAACCCAGUGCUCAGAUCCCAGGCACACAGACAAUUUUCGUGAAGACGUUCGGGUGCUCGCAUAAUCAGAGUGAUAGUGAAUACAUGGCUGGUCAACUCUCAGCAUUUGGGUAUGCAUUGACAGAUAUUUCCGAAGAGGCAGACCUGUGGCUCAUUAACACAUGCACCGUCAAGUCCCCUAGCCAAUCAGCUAUGGAGACCUUGAUAUCAAAAGGUAAAAAUGCAAAAAAACCCCUGGUGGUAGCUGGAUGCGUCCCUCAAGGAAGCAGAGAUAUAAAGGAACUUGAAGGUAUUAGCAUAAUUGGAGUCCAGCAAAUAGACCGUGUGGUUGAAGUGGUGGAAGAAACUUUGAAAGGUCAUGAAGUGAGGCUUUUAAGCAGAAAAACACUACCUGCACUGGACCUUCCUAAGGUGAGAAAGAAUAAAUAUGUUGAGAUUCUUCCAAUUAAUGUUGGUUGUUUAGGUGCUUGUACCUACUGCAAGACAAAACAUGCUCGUGGCCAUCUUGGGAGCUACACGGUGGAAAGCCUUGUUGAACGGUUGAGAACUGUUAUUUCAGAAGGAGUUAAAGAGAUAUGGUUAAGCAGUGAAGACACUGGUGCAUAUGGCCGUGACAUUGGGGUAAACCUUCCGAUAUUGUUGAAUGCCCUUAUCGCAGAGCUUCCCCCUGAUAGAAGCACAAUGCUUCGCAUUGGCAUGACGAAUCCUCCUUUUAUACUCGAACAUUUAGAAGAAAUAGCCAAAGUUCUGCGCCAUCCCUGUGUUUAUUCAUUUCUUCAUGUUCCUGUGCAAAGUGGGAGUGAUGCUGUUCUUGAUGCAAUGAAUCGUGAGUACACUGUCAGUGACUUUAGAGCCGUGGUGGAUACCUUGAUUAGGCUUGUACCUGACAUGCAGAUUGCUACUGAUGUAAUAUGUGGAUUCCCAGGUGAAACUGAUGAGGAUUUUGCACAAACUAUUGCUCUCAUUAAGGAGUACAAGUUUCCGCAGGUCCAUAUUUCACAGUUCUAUCCAAGACCAGGAACACCUGCUGCAAGGAUGAAGAAAGUGCCAAGCACACAAGUGAAGAAUCGUAGUCGUGAAUUGACAUCCAUUUUUGAAUCUUUCAACCCUUACACUCAAAUGGAAGGUCAGAUUGUGAAAAUAUGGAUUACAGAAAUUGCUUCUGAUGGAAUUCAUUUGGUAGGACAUACCAAGGGAUAUGUGCAAGUCUUGGUUAUUGCUCCAGACAACAUGCUUGGCACCUCAAAAGAGGUAAAAAUUACUUCAGUUGGAAGAUGGUCUGUGUUUGGGGAGGUUAUUGAGACUUCUACAGAAGUAAAAGCUCACCGAGGUGCCGAGUCGGCUUGCGAUAAUCUCUGUCCAUGCUCGAGCGAGUCGGAAUGUAACUCGACCAACUUGAAAAAAUGCGCAGAGAUUGCGUCCAUCACGCACAAAGAAGCUUCUGCAGAUAAUGUUUCCUCCAGCAGUAAAAAUGGGAGGUUGAGAACAUUUAUUAGCUCCAUCAAGCCUGUUUUACUGCGAAGGAGAUUUAAGGGAUCAGAGGGGAAUCAGAGCAUCCAGAAAAUUGAAGAUACAAAGAGAUUUGUAGGAUCUAAUUUGAGCAUGGUGGAUGGCAUGCUUGUUGGGGGACUUAUUGUGAGUUUGCUAACAAUUAUUUUAGUAUUUACUAUUCUCUUUUAUCAGAUGCUGUCAUCUUGAAACUGUUGCAGAUUCUCUGGAUUUGGAAUUUUGGAAAAUAUUUUUAAUAAUAUUAUUUCGAGAUUUUGUCGGGC